AUGCCUGCCACCAGCUCACUCUCCCAGUCAUCUCAGUCCGCUCGCAAGCGAAGACGAUCAAAGGAGCCUGACUGGAACAAAUUUUACAAAAACGGCCUGCCCAAGGAAAUCAUCGUCAUCGAUGAUACCCCAGAGCCAGAGCAGGGCAAAGCCGUCGGCAACGGCGUAAGGGUCGUCUCCAACGGUAACGGCAGCGUGAACGGCGCCACCACAAAUGGUACCAGCAGCCGACCUGUUCCCAAGAAGAGGAAAAGAGACGACGAGCCUCAGCCCUACGAUCCCGUCUAUCACAACAAGUACGCCGGUUCUCACACCACCACUCCUCAUCACAACGGCACCCCCAGCGGAUCGACCAUAUCAACCGACCGCACUACAAACUCCGCCAUCCAUACCACCGCUGCCACGUCCCUCUCUUCAAAUGGACACGAGUACUACGAUGCUCAGCCUGGUCAGAAGCGAAAGAGGACCCGCCAACAAAUUGCUCAAGAAGCAAAGAAGAGAGAGGUGGAAGGCCUCGGCGACCCAUUCCUCACCUACAAGCCGCCUCCUUACCCUCCCAAGAAAGCGCCCGACGUUCACGUUCGGUUGGUCCAGGAUCAGGGUUACAACAAGAAUGCCAAAGUCGACGAUGAUGAUGGGCACUACAUUGUUGUUCCUGACGCCGACCUUACGGAUAAGUACCAGAUGGUGAAGCUACUCGGGCAAGGGACAUUUGGCAAAGUCGUCCAGGCUCGAGACCGUAAGAGGAACAAGUCCGUUGCCAUCAAGAUUAUCCGAUCUGUGCAGAAAUAUCGAGAUGCCUCGCGAAUAGAACUCCGAGUUCUCGCAACACUCAAGGCCAACGAUGACGAAAACCGCAAUCGCUGUAUCCACCUCAGGGACUGUUUCGACUACCGCGGCCACAUUUGCAUCGUCAUGGACCUUCUUGGCCAAAGCGUCUUUGAUUUCCUCAAAAGCAACAGCUUCGUCCCCUUCCCCAACAGCCAGAUUCAGAGCUUUGCUCGACAGCUCUUCACCAGCGUUGCCUUCUUGCACGAUCUCAACCUCAUCCACACCGAUUUGAAGCCUGAGAACAUUCUUUUGUGCGACAGCGCCUACCAGACCUUUACCUACAACCGAAAGAUACCCUCUUCGUCUACGACCGUCAAUCGACAGGCCAAUCAGCGCAGAGUCCUACUCGACACAGAAAUCCGCUUGAUUGAUUUCGGUAGUGCUACUUUCCAGGACGAAUACCACAGCUCCGUUGUCAGCACUCGUCACUACCGAGCGCCAGAAAUCAUUUUGGGACUUGGGUGGUCAUUCCCCUGCGACAUUUGGAGCAUAGGAUGCAUAUUAGUCGAAUUUUUCACCGGCGAUGCCUUGUUCCAAACACACGACAACCUCGAGCACCUCGCAAUGAUGGAGAUGGUUGUCGGGCAAAGGAUAGACUCCAGCCUCGUUCAAGCUGUAAACAAGAUGGCUACUAGAAGUGGUGGAAACCCUGCCUCGAAAUACUUCAAGCGCUUGAAACUUGACUAUCCUACUCCCGAGACAACACGAGCGUCCAAGAGAUUCGUCAAGGCUAUGAGACGAUUGGAGGACAUCAUCCCGUCGAACUCGACCUACUUCAAGAACUUCCUGGAUCUCCUUCGGAAGAUCUUUGUCUACGAUCCCCAACACCGCAUUACAGCGAAGCAGGCAUUGCAACAUCCUUGGUUCAAGGAACCAGCGACACCGGACGAUGGUACAGAAGCGGCCAAGAUCCGUCUGGAGCGAAUGAGACAGGAGCAGGAUCACCGAUACCACGCAUGA